AUGAUGGGAGGACACAGUGCAGGUGACCCGCUCUGUGCAACUCUUGGAAGCUCCGAGGCGUUGCCUUGUGGCUUUGGCCCGUCUCCCGGAAGUGGCGGGGCCAUGCCUCUGAGCAUGCCAGAGCCCGUGACCAGCCUCAAGCAUCUAGCAGGCAUCAGUGCAAAGCAGGACCAAGAGAUCCUUCACACCCUUCAGUCCAGUGGCUUGGCGCUGAAUUUGAAGAGCCUGGACGAGCCGGAAGCGGAUAUCAACCAGAUGCUGUCGAUAGCCACACAGGGCAGUGCGCAUGAGUCCAAGACCUCGUCGGCGAUGCCGGAGCCAGCAACAGCUUCCAAAGUGCGGCUGAAAAGCAGCUCCAUGGUCGAGGCGGAGGAAUAUGUUCGAGGCUACCGUCCCCAGAGCCACGCCCACAGCAUCCAGUAUCCAAGUGGAGUGCGGGUGGAUUUUCGGGAGUUGGCGCCAGUGAUGCGGGUGGUGGCCAUCGCCAACUCCCAGUCGCUGCUGCGCAUCCAGCAGGCCAUCGACAGUGGCAUGCACGUUCGAACCGCCUUGCACGCCUUCAGGGAGUGUGACCGGGAUGGCUGUGGCUUCCUGACCUGGAGCAAUGGCCAGAUCCGAGAUUUUGUGACGACGGUCUUCAUCCAAUUGGGCCUAGUGCCCCCCGCCGAGAUGCAGACUUACGCAGCCCACACACUCUUCGACAUGAACAGGACCAUGUGCCUGUCGGCGUGCGAUUGCCUCUGCUUGGUGGAUGCCUUGCUCCGCGCCAUUUUCCUGGUGGAUGGGCAAGAGCAGGCCAGCCGCCGGCCUGUCUCGUCCUUUUCCUCCAGCCUCAGCUCUCCAGUGGCUGAGGAGCUGAAGCAGGCACAGGCGGAGACAGAGAGGCUGAGGCAAGAGCUUGAGGAGUUGAAGGCGGCUGAAGCUGCAGCAGCUGAAGAUGAACACCUUGGGAGGUUGGGGCGGCAAUCGCCUGCAAAAGCGAGCCAAGGCGCUCCGCUGCCACUCCGGGGGCCGCCGGCUCCAGCGCGCCAAGUCCGUGCCCAGCGGCUGCCAAGCCCCCACGAGGUGCUCUCGUUAUGGCUGCAUUGGCUGGAGAGGCUUUGGCGGAAGGGCACCAGGAACGCGGGCCAGCGCAGCGCAGUGGCCUUGAGGAGUAUGACCGCACGGUGCAUGAGCUGA